AUGACAACCACCCUCCAAGACCCCACAAACUCCACUCGAUCAACCCCCAACAUCACCGUCGAACAAGCCAACCUUCAAAUCGGCAGCUCAGCCGUGAUCGCCGCCCCCUCCACUCGCAUCUGGGACAUCCUCACCGACACAUCGACCUGGCCAGAAUGGAACACGUUCGUUCCACGAGUGACGAUCCGGUCUCAUCCCGAUACCGAAGCUGAAGAUACCGAGACUCUCUCGCCUCGGCUUCGUAAAGGGACCCGAAUGACAUUCCACGUGCACAUGAAUCCAACCUCGACCAAGCCGCAGACUGCGCGCGAUACGCAACUCGUGGUGACUGAGUUUGUGGUCCCGGAUCCGAGCACGAAGACGCCCGGGCGGAUCGUGUGGGUGGCGGAUGCGGAUGCGCCGGGAGGGUUUAUGCCGUCGCUGCUGUAUGCGGAGCGCGUGCAUGAGAUUGUGGAUGUGGAUGGACACGGGGAGGGUGUAGGAAGUAGGGCCGAGGUGCGCAAUUGGGAGCUACAGACGGGGUAUUUGGUGUAUUUGGUCAAGUGGAUGUUUGGAGCGAAGCUGAGGCAUAAUUUUGAGCUUUGGAUGAGUGAUUUGAAGAGGUUUGUGGAGGGAAAACAGGGGGGCUCCUUGGAGAGUGUGGUUGCUUAG